AUGUCCACAUUCGGAAGUGUAUUCAGAGUUACAACAUACGGAGAAUCCCAUUGUAAAUCAGUAGGAUGUAUAGUCGAUGGUGUCCCGCCCGGGCUUCCAUUAACAGAAGCAGAUAUUCAACCUCAAUUAACUCGUAGAAGACCAGGACAAUCUAAAUUAUCCACCCCAAGAAAUGAAAAAGAUCAAGUAGAAAUCCAAAGUGGGACCGAAAAUGGUGUUACAUUAGGUUCACCCAUUGGAAUGCUUGUCAAGAAUCAAGAUCAUCGUCCUGGAGACUAUUCUGAAACUGAUUUAUAUCCAAGACCAAGUCAUGCCGAUUGGACCUAUAUUCAGAAAUAUGGGACUAAAUCCUCCAGUGGAGGUGGUAGAUCGUCUGCUCGUGAAACCAUUGGUCGUGUGGCUGCUGGUGCAAUUGCAGAAAAGAUUUUGAAAUUAGCUAAUGGGGUUGAAAUUGUUGCGUUUGUUUCUUCAAUUGGUGAAAUUUCCAUGAAUAGAAAUCCACAAGAUGAAACUUUCCAACAAAUUUUGAAUACAAUUACAAGAGAAGAUGUAGAUGAUUGUGGUCCUAUAAGAUGUCCCGAUGUAAAUGUUAGAGACGAUAUGGUUAAAGUUAUUGAAAAAUAUCGUGAUGCUAAUGAUUCUAUUGGUGGGGUUGUUACUUGUGUAGUUAGAAAUUGUCCAAUUGGUUUAGGUGAACCUUGUUUUGAUAAAUUGGAAGCAAAAUUAGCACAUGCUAUGUUAUCAUUACCUGCCACUAAAGGGUUUGAAUUUGGUUCUGGAUUUGCCGGUACUGCCAUUCCAGGUUCUCAACAUAAUGAUCCAUUUUAUUUUGAUGAAUCAGCAGGUAGAUUAAGAACAAAAACUAAUAACUCUGGAGGUAUUCAAGGUGGGAUCUCAAAUGGUGAAAAUAUUUAUUUCUCAGUCGCUUUUAAAUCUGCUGCUACUAUAAGUCAAGAACAAGAAACUGCUACUUAUGAAGGUAAAGAAGGUGUUUUAGCCGCUAGAGGUAGACAUGACCCAAGUGUCACUCCAAGAGCCGUUCCUAUUGUGGAAGCUAUGACUGCUUUGGUUUUGGCAGAUGAAUUCAUGGUUCAACAAGCAAGAAAUGCUACCAGAUUAGCUUACACUAAAUAA